CCGACGGUGGGCGGAAGUGACAAACAGCGAGCGUCCGCAGCCUGAAUGGUUGGUUAGCAACAUGCCUGAGCUGGCGACGCUUAACCUAUAGCAGCAAGGUGCACGUCGGUUCAUAUGUGAAUGUUGCGCAUAACGAAAGCCGUCGAUCUGAUAAGGCGUCCAUGCGGUUCUAGACCUGAAACCGCGAAGCGAUAAAGAGAUACGAGAAUGCCAGAGCGCCUGUGAACGGAGCACAAGCUAGCUAAAGCUAACCGAGCUAGCUAAAGCUAACUGAAGCUAGCAGAAGCUAACCGCGCUAGCUUUAGCUAGCUGCGCUGCAGCUCUGUGCACCAUGACAACAGCAGAGGGUGAGAUGCGGAAAAGACAGCAAAGCUGUGUUCCAGCUGUGCUUGCACUGUGACUGCAGGCUGCGGGCCUCCAGGAGCCAUGAGGGAGGAGUGUGCAGGUGAAGCUCUGUUCCAGGACCGGGACUUUCCCACCGCGGACACCUCCCUGUUCUCUGACAGCUCCUCGCCCAUCGCUAGGCUGCAAGGACAAAUCACAUGGCGGCGUCCGCAGGAGAUCUGUCGGUCGCCGGCCCUCUUCCCCGCCAACGCCAACCUGGCUCAUGCGAAGCAAGGCCUGCUGGGAGACUGCUGGUUUCUCUGUGCGUGCACCUUCCUGCUCAAGAACCAGCACCUUUUAAACAAGGUGUUUCCUCCCGGCCAGCCCCAGUGGGGCAGCAGCAGGUACAGGGGCUCCUUUCACUUCCUCCUCUGGCAGCACGGCCACUGGACGGAGGUGACCGUCGACGACCGUCUCCCCUGCAUGAACUCCUCUCUCUGCUUCUCGCGCUGCCACUCCCCCUCUGCCUUUUGGGUUGCUCUGCUGGAGAAGGCCUAUGCCAAGGUCCACGGGUCGUAUGAGCAGCUGUGGGCCGGGCAGGUGUCGGAGGCCCUCGUGGAUCUGACCGGUGGCGUCGCCGAGCGCUGGAGCCUGGGGGAGUUCGGUUCAGAGGAGGAAGAGCGACGGGCGGAGUGGGACAGCGACGACGCCCGGAGGAAGAAGCUGGACCUGAACCUCCUGCGCCGCGUGAGAGGAGAGUGUGCGCUGAGCUGCUCCACCCGCAGCACCCCCGGAGGAGUCGGUGAGCUGGAUCAGCACCACGCUCUGGCUGUGAUGGAGUGGUUGGACGCGAGGAAGGUGUCGGGGGGUGAGGUGCGGCUGCUGAGGAUCAGAAACCCGUGGGGACGAUGCUGCUGGGCAGGUGCUUGGACUUGGAGUGGUGUUGGUUGGAGUUCCCUUGACCCCGUCACUGCAGCAGAGCUGCAAAGCCGAACAGCCGAGGGGGAAUUCUGGUUGGAUGAGGCCGAGUUUACGUCCCAGUUUGAUGACAUCACAGUGGGCUAUCCUAUUAGCAAAGAUGGACACCUGAAGAGCGUUUACACAGGAAACCUUCUCACACACAGCCAUCAGCUGGCUGGCCGGUGGGUCAAAGGCUACUCUGCUGGCGGAAGCCGAAACACCAGCAGCUACAGCAGCAAUCCCAAGUUCUGGCUGAAAGUGUGCGAGGGAGGCGAGGUACUGGUAUCCCUGCUGCAGCGUCGGAAACGCAGUAGCACAACGAAAUGCCCACAGGCGGCCCUCGAGGACAGCAGUAACACAAAGCACCAGCACUACCAAGCCAUCGCUCUUCACAUGUGGAAGGUGGAAAAGAAGCGUUUUAAUCUGAGCCGGAUGGUAAACAAAGCGCCUCGUGCUUCUACUCACUGCCACUCCUACGAGAGAGAGGUGGUCCUCUGCAGGCAGCUCGAGCCUGGAUACUACCUCCUUAUUCCUAGCACCUACCAGCCGGGAGCCGAGGCCCACUUCCUCAUCCGGGUCUUCUCCUCCUCCCCCGCAUCACUCAGUGCCCUAAAAAGCCCAGCGCCCUCACUGCCACUGACGACGGACGGCGAGUGGGAGACCAUUUUUUUCCGUGGCUCGUGGACGGAGGGAAGGACGGCGGGCGGAAGCAGGAACUUCCCGUCGUACUGGCAGAACCCCUGCUUCCCUUUUACAGUUUGUGAUGAUGAGCCAGCGCUGACAUCCGGAGAGGCUGUCAGGAUUACUCUGCACCAGAGUUGCCCCGACACCGAUCUACAUCCCAUUGGUUUCCAUGUUUACAAGGUACAACAGGUGGACUCAGAGCAGCCAGUAGCCAAAGAUGAGGAGCCUGUGGCCAGUUGCACCCCGCACUGUUACACCCAGGAUGUCAGUCUGACCUGCACUCUUCCUCCUGGAUCUUACACCAUAGUGCCUUCCACGUAUCAGCCCGACUGCUCAGCAGACUUUACAAUCAGCCUGGCUCGGAGAAUUAACAGGAAAGUGGUGAACAGUCAGGAGAAGCUGGGGAGAGCCAUUCACGAGGUCUCUCACAUCUCUGUGAUGAAAACCUAGUUCUCCGGGACUGACGUCAGCCCGCCACCCCGUGCCUCUUGGCCUGCGAUGAAACGGCCGGUUCCACCAUCAGCGCCGACCACAGAAGGCAUGACUGUGUUUGUGUUCGUAUAUAUGGACCGUGAGUGGCCGGCCUGGCCCCGGGGGGGGACAAACCACCGAAGGGGUUUCUGCGCAGCUCCACAAUGAUCUGUGAUUAGGACAUCAGAGGUUGUCGCUGGGCUGGGCUGCUAAUGAAGUAUGACGGGGACUGGCUGGUGUAAACAAACAGCGGCCACUGAAGAAUACCGCCACUGCUCUCUCGCUCAUUCACUCACUGGUACGCCCGCCGGCCCGGAACAAAGAAUCCUCUCAUGAAGGUCCUCACAGAGGCUUGGGAGUGUAGGGUGGGGUGGGGGGGAGCAAGGGGUGCGGGGAUGGUCUGCAGUAGCAGAGCCAACCAAACCGCACCACACCAUACCAUACCAACCCAGAAGUUCCCAGACAAUCCUUCCCCCCCGCAUACAUUAUUAUUGUUUCAAGAGGCAAACGCUGCUUCUACAGUGGCCUAAUCGCAGCUAAAUCUGUGAGCCCGACCAGUAGAACCAAGCUCCCGUCCUCGCCCUCCACCCCCUCCUCCCUUCUAGUCCCGUCGACUCAGUCCAAAACUCUUCCUGGACCUGAACAGAGGCGCCGUUUGAAGUCGCCGCAAGAACAGAGGGCGAGUGGAGCGGAGGGGGACGAAAGGAGAAAACGCAGCACAUCAGAGGCUGGCGGUUCAAACAACAAGGCCGCCGGUUGUGGGUCUCUUGCGUUGAGGCCGUGCAUGUGCGGCUUUGCGCGUCCGUCUGCUCGUCCCCGUCCAUAUCCGUGAGCUGAAGUCACAGGAUCACUGAUCGCUGCAACCCGACUUACUCACGACUUUUAAAUAAACGGUAUCUGACCGAUCUGUGGUACUUUGUAAUUAUAUCAUUAGCUGUUUGUCAUGUUUGGAAAUAUUUAUAAUGUAUUAACAUUUACUGAAAGUAUUCUAAAUAAAAAUCUUUAAAACUAA